GCACACUGGAAAGUUGGCACCUGUAGCUCCAGCGCUGGUGUUGGUGCCUAUACAAGGUGCCACAUAUGAACUUCUUAAGAGCCACACGUGGCUCCGGAACCACAGGUUGGCGACCCCUGUCUUAUGUGAACCCAGAUGCAAGGAAAAAGGUGCUGGUCAGUGGGGAGGAGAGGAUGAGAUCAGGAAGAAAGGCGCUGGGAAGAAAAGAAUUUGUAAAUCUUCUCUGGAUUAAGACUGGAAAUAAGGGCGAAUGAUCUCAGACUGGUCGUUAGCUGGAGUCAGUAAUUGGCAAUGACAUCCCUUGUUUGUUAAAGGGUAUAAAAAGUAAACUCUCAAAGGGGUCAUUGCUAAUACCUGGCUGACCACGCUGGAGCUGAAAAACUGGAGUAGAAGCAACCUUUGACUUAGCCCAUUAAUCUGUGGUAAGAGCAACUGAGCCACCACCAAAGGGUUGCCAUGGCUGGUAGACUCUCCAGAGCAGAAAUUGAAGAACUGAAGGCCAUUGUUGUGAGUGGAAACCUCACGGCAGCAGCCGCUAAACUUCAGGAGAAGCUGGAAUCAUUAGAAAACACCCCACUGGACAUCGCCAUCACAGGAGAGUCAGGUGCAGGGAAAUCAUCCCUCGUCAACGCCAUCCGGGGCCUGCAUGAUGAUGAUGAAGGGGCUGCUAAGACUGGGGUGAAACAAACAACAAUGAAGCGAAAGGCUUAUCCACACCCCAGAUUCCCAAAUGUGACAAUAUGGGACCUGCCAGGAAUUGGGACACCGAACUUUCAGGCAGACAAUUACCUUAAUCAGGUACAAUUCAACAACUAUGACUUCUUCAUUAUCGUCACUGCUACGCGCUUCACUUCCCACGACACCACCCUGGCCCGUGCCAUUCACAGGCUGGGGAAGAGGUUUUACUACGUGCGCUGCAAAGUGGAUAUUGACUUGAAGGCUGAACAAAGGAAAAGGAAUUUCAACAGGGAGAGAACCCUGCAGGAGAUCAGGGAGGACUGCGUAGAGAAGCUGAGAGAAGCAGGCGAGGCCUCCCCGCGGGUUUUCCUCCUCUCCAACUGGGAAUUGGACAACUAUGAUUUCCAGCUCCUGCAGAAGACCCUGAAGAAUGAGCUGGAUGAUCAGAAGAGGCAUGUUUUCAUCCUGGCCAUGCCCAACAUCUCAGCAAAGAUCCUGGAGAAUAAAAAGGCUGAACUGCAGAAGCAUAUUUGGGAAGUGGCCCUGUUGUCAUGUGCUAUUGGUGCUGUUCCUGUUCCAGGCCUCUCUCUCAUCUGUGAUGUAGCCAUCUUGGUUUUUCACAUGAAGCGUUACUGCCUGGCCUUUGGCUUGGAUGAAGAGUAUCUCACUAGACUGGCUGAGCAGGUUGACAAGCCUGUUGCAGAGCUGAAAUCUGCUAUCAGAAACUCUGCACUGGCCUCAGCCAUAAAAAAAGAGUUUGUACUGUCUCUGCUUUCCAGAUCUCUAUGUGGAGCACUGAUGGUGGUGAAACUUUUUCUGGAUUUUGCACCAGGCCUUGACUCCCUAGCAGGGGGAGGGAUUUCUUUUGUGACCACAUACUACAUGCUGCAGAGAUUUCUGGAUGACGCUGCAGAAGAUGCUCAGAAUAUUCUGACCAAGGCUUUUGAACCCAGAGCUGAAGAGUCCAUAUAACAGCACCAAGACCGCCUAUGCAUGCCCAUAGAAAACCAGACACACCUGGCCCAGCCCUGUUAGAAUCUCUAGAUAUGGGUGAGCCCAGCAAAAACAAACUAACACCUUAAACCAACAAACAGCAGUGAGACCGACCAAAUCAGAUCAGACAGGAUUCUGGUGAAUCAAAAGCUUGUCCCUUCCACCAACACUAUGUCAGGUUAGAUGGUUUCUUUUCAGGCAAAACUAACUGGAAUGGAGCUGGUCUCUAAACCAGUCUAUGAAUCCAGGAGAAAUGUUCUGAGAAGAAGACGAUGCUCCAGUAUCUCUGCUUGGCUCGCUUACCCUGGCCUCAUGUGAAACAGAGUCUGUAAGAAACCCCUGUGAAGUCUGGUACAACUGCACCUUCUGGGCUGGAUCCAUGAAAAGGAGUUAGGUGUCGUUUUAACCCUCCAAGUCCAGCAUGGGGCACCUGGGCAUUCAGAAAAACGCCGCUCAGCUGCCACCUGACUCUGUAGGUGCCUAGAGUGCCUCGACAGCUACAUUUCCACCAGUAAAGCCGCAAGGUGCCUACGUUUCUGCCAGUGAGCAGGGGCUCAGCUGCAUGACACUAGGGAACCUGCCUCACACCAACACCCCAGAAGGUUCCAUUCCCUUGUCUGUCUGACCUGCAGGGCCUGAUCCAGGAGUGUUCUCAGGACACACCUAACCCCACACAAAAUGGAUGGAGGGGGAGAUGGUUGUCAGAAUCCAGGACCCGCAGCAGAGCAAGUCUCAUGGUAACAUAAUGAGCACGGUCAGCCUGUAGCAGGAUGCGUAAAUGGCUACACAACAUGAUUGGCUGGAAGAGUCAACAGAGCAGCUCUUGAGUCCAGCAGCAGGUCAGCAGCUGCUCAGCGCAUUCACCCGCAGCUGAGAUAGCUCCUGCUCAUUCCAAGCCUUGCUCCUGCCUUGGAUUCAGCCUUGCCUCACGCCAGGUAACCUGGUUCUGACCCUCGGCUCCAAUUCCUGACUUCAGCUGUGACCCUGGGCUCUGGCACCUGCCCUCUGACUCCUGCCCUGAGCCUGAGCUCGGAUUCCUGGCUACUGAUGCCUGCUCCAACCACUGGGCCUGAUCCUGCUCUGCUAGGUCCGGCCACCCAUCUUCCAGUCACUGACAGUGGCGGUGCCUCUCUAACAGUUUAGUGCUUCAAGCACUCUCCUGGGGUGGGAAAAUCCAAGCUGAAAUCCUUUCUCACAUGGGGGAAUUGACGGUGUACUAGAUGGCUUAAAAUACUUUGAUGAAAUGACAUUAAAUUGAGAAGAAAAGUCAGCUAGAAGUUGGUAAUGUUUUCGGCAAAACACUGUGAACAUUAUGCCAGGAUUUGCCGAGGGGUGAUCCUGUUAGGGAAAUAAAGGGGCUGCAUUCGUAUUGACUUUUUUAAUUAGCGAUAAAAUUAGGAAGUAAGAUAAUAUUUGCCAUCAAGCAUGCUCAUGUUACCACAAAUAAGUGAAAUACCCCUGAGGUGGGAGAGGCAGGAAGUAAAGGGGGACGAAACUGAAAAAUGUCUGAUAAGAACAGUUAGUCACAAUUAAAUAAUCAGAAAUGUAGCUGCUGGACCAAUGAGGCACAGGCCACACACGGCCACACACAGAGAUCCUGCCACAAUUGUAAAAUAAGGAGACCAGGAUGUCAGUUUAUCGAGCUGUCCCAGCCUGCUGGAGAACAACAGUUCAAGUCACUCCAUGGUCCUGCAAAGUGGAUUGUUCCAACAUGUUUAAAGAGCAUCAAAGAAUGUGGCGAGACUUUGUGUAAAACUCCAUUUGAAAUUAAACUGGUCAUUUCAGCAGCCAGCAAAGUGCCGAGGGCAAACUGCAGCUUGGCCAACAUAGGAUGCAGUGGUGAUCAAAGUGCAUUGCAAGAAGGGCCCUUGGAAAGCAAUCUGUGAAAGGAGGUUACUGAGCAGAGCUGAGCAGCAGGUGUUCACUGGCUGUCCCGAGAUGGCCGUACUCCUGGCUAUGGCCUAACUUGUCCUACACAACCUGCUGUCACACCAGGAGUUUUGCACAAAAGAGACUGGAAUUUUCAAGACCUCCAUGUAAGAACUCACAAGAUAUACCUGAGGCUGGGUGGCGAGAAGGACACGAGUCUCAUUUUGGUUGGACAUUUCCAGUCUUCAUCACAAGCAUGGGUCACCGUUUGAUUGGUCCAUGCCAGCUUCUCUCAGAGAAAGAACCAAGCUGAACUCACAGCAGAAAGGGGAUAAAAUGGCCUGUCUCCUUCAGCACCUCACUUCCUGAAAGCCAAAAAAAGAACAAGACUGGAAUUUUGAAUCGGCCACUUGGGAAUCCUCACUCCUGGUGACAUUAAGGACCCCUCAUUUAGGCACCUUUAACUCUCUCUCUCUCUUUUCCAGAGUUAUAGUUUGUGCCCUUGUUUUGAUAAAGUUUGUUGUAAAACAGCUUUUAAAUAGAACAAGUUACAAUUCCUAAACACUGUACAUCCCCAGUAGUUAACGGCUGCAGACUGCCUGUCCAGUUCUAGGUGUAUACAGACAUAACAUAAGACUUUGUGUGAAAGCCUCUUGAACUGCAUGCAGCCUGUCAUAAAAAUAUAGAUGUUCCUGUUAGGUGGUUAGGGGUGUUUAUCAGAUCCUGAAUAUAACUGGUGCGAGGAUUGGUUAAAAGGGGUAACUACAACAGACCCAUUGGGAAGGAGACUAUGGUGGGUUGGCAUGUGAGGAAUUGCUCACGUUGUUUUAUGCAUUAGCCUAGAAUUGUUUUCAGAUGUUGAGUCAAGCAACAGUGGAGAUUUUAACUAGUGGGCUUGAAUGUUUUCCUUCUGCUUUAAGGGACUCAGUCAAAAUUCCAAGCAGUCACCUUCACAGGAUAAUUAUUGAACGGGGAUUUUAGCUGUAUACAGACAGAAAAAUAAGACUACGUGUGAAAGUCUCCUGAACUACAUGCAGCCUGUCAUAAAAAUAUGGAGUUCUUGUUAGGUGGUUAGGGGUGUUUAGCAGUUUACCAGAUUCUAAGCUAAUAUAACUGGUGUGAGUAUUGGUUAAAAGGGGUAACUGCAACAGAUCCACUGGGAAGGGGACCUUGGGGGAUUGGCAUGUGAGUAAAUUUUCUUAUGCAAUGGUGCACCACCUUGUUACACAGGAGGGCCACAUAAACCUAAGCACAACUUUGUGUGUGCCAAACAGAUUCUACAUACUUUAAUAAGAUUUAAAGUCACUUGUAUUGAUUGAUAUUUUUAGGUCAGCUUAUUUCAUAUGCAUUUAUCUAGAAACAGCCUAUGUACAGCAUUGUCUAUUUACACACUUGUGUAAACUAAAAUGACGGAAACAUGAUGCUAAAAGGCCAUUGAAUUGGCCCUUAGUAUAUUGUGCUGAAGCAGGCUCUGGGCCCUAUGAAAUGCUCUGGUGGGCCCUGUACAGCUCAGGAGCCAUAGGUUGGGCACCCUUCUGCAUGAGCCUGGAAUUGUUUUGCAUUGUUGAGUCAAGUACAACUGGAGAAUUUUACUAAUGGGCUUGAGUGCGGUUCCUUCUGCUUUAAGGGGUUUGGUCAAAAUUCCAAACAAAGUGAAAGGAUAAUUGUUGAAUAGGAAUUUCGCUGCUUUCUGCUAUGGAUGUGUUAUGUGAUUCUUAAAACCUGGAUGGUUCCGUUUUUCCCAUUUCUCUCAGUCCAAUCAUAAACCAGUGCUUCUGUGCAUUCUUUUAUAUUAUAUGCUCUUGGCUGCUGUUGAUAAGGGUAGCCAAUAAAAGUGUAAAUCAAAUCUGAGUCCUUUCCUUUCGUUAAGAGGUGAAUAUCCAAAGACCCCUAAGGCAGGUGAUUUGGGUAAUCAGCUGAGCAAUUAACUUAACCAAUGUUUUAUUUGAUACCUUCCUUUCUUACGUGUUCCAGGACACCCUCUGUGCAUUACCCUGACUGGCCACCAGGUGCCAGCACAAUAGGGUGCUGAGCCCAGCCUGGGGCCAGGAAAUGUUACCUCAUUAGCAAUAAUUAGUGAUCAAGGUGCAGGGGGUGUAUCCCACACGCUGAGGCUGAGAAGGGCAGAGUCUGCUGGGCAUUCCUGAACUGGCUCUGCACUUACAGACCUGCCCUGUCUCCCUGCACAGACUCCCUCCCUCAGACAGCCCAUGGGGCAGCCUGGGCUGAGCUGGGGUUUGUGCAAAGCCACCCGGUGCUGACUGACCCCUGGGCCGAGCAGACGUCGUGACUGGGCUGUGGAGGCCCUGAUGAGCUGCAGGGGCAGCCAAAAACAGAGCCAGCUCCUCUCCCAUCCUGGCCAGAGCCCACUGGGGUGACACAUCGGGGUUCCCAGACCCAGCCACGGCUGGGCAUCCUCCCCUCCCUGUCUCUCCAGGGCCAACCACGUCCACCCCUGGAACAACCCAGCCACCCCCUCAGCCCCUGGCAAACAGCCAAGCUGCCCCCUCCUCCCUCCAGUGGGUCAAAUCUCCUGUCCCAUUCCUCCCCUCCCCCUCCCUGCCUUAUCCAGACACGUGCUAGCUCAGCGCCAUGCCAAGGGUCCUUGCACCCUGCCCUAGUUGCUAAGCCAGGCGAGUUAGUGAUGGGCGCAGGCACAGCCAUGCUGUGAGCUACCUGUCCCCCUUCCUGGGUGAACGUCUCUCCCAGGGAUGUUAUUUCUGUCACACAGAAUUUACAUUGAUUCCUUUAGCUCUAGCCCUGCGGCUCUGGCUGCUCGGAGCCUCUGGUCAGGCUCUUCUGCUGUUGUUCCCCACAUCCAAGUGCCACCUGUGUAACCUUACAACACACUCUAGCAGAGGUGGGCAAACUACGGCCCGCGGGACCGUCCUGUCCGGAUGCUGAGUUCCCGACCGGGGAGGCUCGCCCCCAGCCCUUUCCCCGCAGUGCCCGCUCUCCUGCAGCCAUGCCGCCGUGCGGGCAGUGCUUUGGGCAGCAGGGUUGUGCGCUCCUGCAGGGCAGCACGGCAGCGUGUUUAGGUCUGGCCAGGCGGCGCAGCUGCCAGACAUGCUGCUCUGA